AAUGCAUUCCAUUCCAUACUCCCCCUCAUCACCUGUGCCCAAUUGGGACACACUUGAUCGACGGCAAAUGCGUCCCACUCACUCCUCCCCCUCCUCAUCUGUGCCCGAGCGGGACACACUUGGUCGACGGCCAGUGCGUUCCAUUCACUGGUCCCUGCCCUCAGACAUGUGGCAAUGGACAUGGCGGUGUCGAACCCUCUUGCACGUGCAUGAAUCCUCCAGUCUGUGGACAUGGCAAACAUUUAGGCAUCAAAUAUGGCCAUUGCUAUAUCCUCUCCUUCUCCGAUGGCGAGCAGCUUGGCAUCGACCGGGACCACACCGACUACAAGAAAAACGGUUUCUUCGUCGAUAUCCCCUUCAAAGUCUGCAAUUCCACCACUGAUUGCUCGCGUGGAAAGGAGGUUGAGAUGGGACAGGUGUUCUCCCUCCAAGAUCAGCAUGGCUUGUACAAAGACCUACUGUCAACGAAAGGGUGGAUUAAUGACGCCACUGGUGGCGCCCACAUGGAAUUCACCACUGAUACCACCCAUGUCGGUAAAUUCACGGGUAUCCCUACUUGUGCUGGCGGUGAAUGCGCUCUUCAACUGCAUGGUAGUCCCAAUGGCGGUGCAUUGUCAUAUGCUUGCCCGAUGCCCGGGCCCGGACUGACAUUGUAUGGCAAUCCCAAAGUUGGUCAGAAACUUCGCUUCUCUGAGGUGACAUGCGACGAAUAUGAGGUCCCUUUGACUUCUGGCAUCAACCUGAACUAAGGCUGAAAGGAAUUUGGCACGUGCUGCACGGUUUCAUUCUGACAUACUAUGCCCCGUUCUGAUAACAAUCUUGCGCUGAUUCUUGUUAUGUUUUAUUUGUAUUUGUGGUCUCCCAUUUUUCUUCUUCAAACGGGCUUGAAUUUUUCUGGAGAUGACUAUGUUUGAUCGCUGUGUAUACACGUAGAUAGCGGAAUUUGAUUGACCCUCGUGAUUUCGAUAUGGAUA